GGAAUAUGACCUGUACUGUGUACCUUGGUAGUUAAUACACCCCAUUGGGGUGUAUUAAAAUACGGGCCGUACUACCUACCUAUGUAGGUAACCUCGUAAGUGUUACACAAAACCUGAUAGGUGACGUGGCCAACCAUCGGUGGCGUUAAGACCGGGCCCGAGGUUUAGAUUAAGGGGGUCUCAAUAUCGAAACUUCAGGUAUCUAAAUAUCUCUAGGCAGAACAAUCUCACCCUGCUUCUCUUCAUCCUACUCUUCAACUUACUCUCAGUCUUCUUUGAUCAAAACAUUCCUAGAUACACCACCUACCACUCUGUGAAAAUGGCCGAAGCAUCCGCCCAACAGGGAAACACAGCUAUGAAAUAUACCGUUACUCAUGGCCGCAAAAAGCAGCACACUCAUGAGGCGUUCAUUAAAUGGAUCGUUGAGGAGCACCUCCCUCUCGCCAUGCCUGUUUUGAAGAAGCACGGAGUUCUUAGCUACUCGCUCUUCGUUACGCCGGCCCAUCUCAAUGAAGAAAUCAAGCAGGAGCUCGGCAAGGUCAGACCUACCUGGGAAUUUGCCGACUUUGACUGCUUCAUUGAGUAUUCACUCCCCGAUAUUCAGACUAUUAGGAACAUUAUGGCGGAUCCGGGCUGGCAUGCAGCUGUCAAAGACCAGGAAGACUGGGUUGACACUACGAAGGCCUUGGUUUCACUGGGAUACUCUACCCCGUACCUACUCGAGACUGGCGAGGUUGUGAACCUACCAAAGUCGAAGUAAUUGCGGCGAUGUAAUGCCAUCUCACUUAACGGAAAUUGACAUGACUUGGAAUUGUUACAUAAUUUACAUUCGUUCGAUCAGUAUCUGGGUAUUUGGGCAGCUCAUUUAGUAGAACCAAU